AACCAUUGAAUUUGUUUCAAUAGUGUGCAUCAAUCGAAAAGCAUGGGUCACUUUUAUUUAUUAUUACUUUUUGUCCAAGUGUUAUACUUUUGAAAUUGAAGAAAUGGAAAAUGAGAAAAGCAUUCACUAGAAAUCAGGAACCCCACUAACUCUUGUCUCUGCAGUGCAUCCAUAAAAGAUUCUCUGCAGAAUGCAAACAACUUCAACUCAAAUAUACAAGAAUCAUAAUAAUCAAGAAAACAUGGAAACAACACUCAUGUGCUUUUUUUAUUAUUUGUUCAUAACAUUUUGUUACUACUUUGCCAAUUCUGCACUUGCUAUAGAAUCACCAAAGUAUACAGUUAUACAAUCAGAAUCAGAUUUUCAGAUCAGACUCUACAAUGAAUCCUCAUGGAUCUCCGCUCCAUCUUCCGGAACUAAUUCCUUCGAGCAGUCCACCAAAAUCGGAUUUCACAGGUUGUACCAAUAUAUUCACGGCGCGAAUUUAAAUUCUUCUAAACUCGCAAUCACUGCUCCAAUCUUAACAAGAAUUCCUUCACCGGUGUCUUCUGAGGUUGGCUAUAGUGUAAGAAUGUAUGUAUCGCCUCACUUUCAAGGGAAGCCUCCACAGCCUAAUCCGGAACUGAAGUUGCAACUUGAGAAAUGGAAAUCUCAAUGCAUAGCGGUUAGGAAAUUCAGUGGAUAUGCAAAGGAUGAUAACAUUAACAAAGAAAUUGAAGCUCUUGUUAGUAGCUUAAACAAGCAGAUAGAUAAAACUUCUGAAAUAGUACAUGAUGUGAGUUCGUAUACCAUUGCUCAAUACAACGCUUCGUUUCGUAAUACUGAGAGGGUAAAUGAAGUGUGGAUAAAUGUGUCGGGAUUCAGAACUGAUUGUUGAGAGUAUAUUGAUUGUUUCAAUGGAAUUGUGCUUGAAGUGUGUCUUGUUUGGAUUUUCCUUUGUUAGUUCAAUGUAAAAUAAUGAUCCUAUAUAGCUACUUGAAGUAUGCAUAGUGUUUAUAUGAAAAAUAAUAGGGUGUGCACUGCAGGGGUAAACUUUGUGUAGAUCUGUCUUAAUCAUACAAGUUCACAAGUAUCAUCAAUCAUCGCAUGAUACUCA